AUAGUAACAUUUCAAGCUUCAAGCUGUUAAGAAAGUUCUUGUGAACCAACAUCCCCUAAGCUUCAAACAACAAUAAAAAGCAACAUGAAGUUCGCCGUUUCCGUAGUCUUGUUCGCUUUGGCCCUUGGCGCUGCUCACUGCUCGAUCAUUCCAGGCGUGGUCACAUCCAUCAAUGGCGUCGUUUUGGCCUCUCCACCUGGCUCUAUUGCUGUACAUGCCUCUGCCGUGCCAGCUGUCGUUGCCGCACCAUCGCCAGUACAGAUCAUCACCAGCCCAGCGGUGGUGGCUGCUCCAGCUGUUGUGGCUGCAGAGGGCACCUAUGUCGCCAAAACUCGUGGCGCUGUACAUGUGGCACCUCUGCCCGGACAUGUGCAAUCAGCUGCCUCAGUGAACUUGGAACCAGCACCAGGCACCAUCUAAGAAGGGAUGCCACUAAUUUCACUGAAUUGAAUGUCGUUUUGAACGGGAAAAUACGCACA